AUGCGGCACGGGUUGGUGUUGGGGGACCCCUCCUGUUGGAUCUCACUGCUGAGUUUCCCCCCGGCAGGAGAGCUGUCUGGAGGUGGUGAGGGUGCUGCAACCAGAGGAGUUCGGGGCCCUGUCAAUGCACGAGCUGCGCGUGCUGCUCACAGACUCAGCGCACCUCCUCACCUGCCGCCCAGGAGACACAUUGGACCUGCUGCCCUCGCAAGUGGCGGUGCUGCUGCUUGGCUCCGCGAGGGAGAUAGGCUGCUGGGCGGUGGCAGUGGGGAGAAUGGGGAUGGAGGAGGAGGGAAGAGCAAUGGGGAGCAACGGGGAGAGGGUGAAGGAGGUGGGAGGGAUGGGCGAGUGGAGGAUGGCGUGCUGGUGGCUGUUGAUGCUCCCGCGUUGCUCACAGCACAGCCACUGCCAGCCGCAGCCCCUGAGCGGGCAGUGUAUGGGGACAGCACUGCCAUGCUGCACGGGCGCUACUCCGCUCUCUCCCUCUGCAAGCUGCUUGUCAUCCACAUGCCCCGCGACCUCAUGUCCGUCCAAAACACGCCCACCAGGUCGUUCCACGUGCACCGCCCACAGGCCACGCACGACCACGACGGGCUGCUGCGCUUCGGAGCAGAGGGCGCCGAGGAGAGCACCCUCAAUGAAGCACUGCUGGCCGCCGUGGGGGCGGGGGAGCACGCAGGCGGGAGCAGUGGGGCAGCACGGGGCGAGGAGGGCGUGGGGUGGGUGGGCGAGGAGGCGGCGAGUGAGAUGACGAUGCCGCGCGGGAGCGAGCUGGCGGAGGCGCUGAGGGACCGCUCAGUGGUGGACCAGGCGCUCAUGGAGCGAGCCAUGGAGCUCAGCGUCUUCGGCAGCAAGCUGAACCUGAGACCGCGCAGACCGACGGACACGUCACCGCACCACCACGCGCAGCUGCACUACAGCCAUGUGCAUGCGCACUACCACAGCCACUACAACCUGCACGCCACGCGAGUCAGCCCUGCCCCCUCGCCCGCCUCCGCCCUCUUCACGGCCUCUCAGCCGCACCUGCUGCCUGGUUUCGGCUGCCAGGCUGGACAGCCGGUCAAUCGUGCCGCCACGUCAUCAGGUGCCAGCGCGCGCAAAUCCAGUGACCCCAACAUUGUCCAAUCGAUGCGCAGCGGCCAGGUCAGCACUGCAGGGCAGGGACAGCUGGCACGGGGCGGGGCGCACAGCACGUCGCUGUCUGCGAUCUUACCAUCGCUCUAUGCAGCGGCUGGCUCACGGACUCCGGGCAGUGAUGGUGUGAAGGGCGAUGGGGUGUCGAGGGACGGUGGUGCUGCAGGAGACGUGGCAAAGCCUGAAUCUUUACCGUACUGUCUGCACCCAAGCAUCAGAGGACAUCAGCACUGUAGAUUGUUUGCAGAACGGAACCUCCUAGAUCGGGUAGACGCCAUGGCGAGCAAGGCAGCUUUCGUUCUUCUCGCCCUCCUCGCGGCUUCCGCGUUCUGUAACGCGAGCCGUCCCCUUCCUGCAGACAGCGACAACUCCGUUACCGUCGCUGCCAAGGAUACCGAUAAUAUUGUCGCCGCGGUUCCCGCUGAUAACGAUAAUACUGUCGCCGUGGUUCCCGCUGGUAGCGACAACUCGGUCGCCGUGGUUCCCGCUGAUAACGACAACACGGUCGCCGUUGUUCCCGUUGAUAACGACAACACAGUCGCCGUGGUUCCCGCUGAUAACGACAACACAGUCGCCGUGGUUCCCGCCGAUAACGGCAACACGGUCGCCGUGGUUCCCGCCGAUAACGACAACACGGUCGCCGUGGUUCCCGCCGAUAACGACAACACGGUUACCGUGGUUCCCGCCGAUAACGACAACACUGUCGCCGUGGUUCCCGCCGAUAACGACAACACUGUCGCCGUGGUUCCCGCCGAUAACGACAACACUGUCGCCGUGGUUCCCGCCGAUAACGACAACACGGUUGCCGUGGUUCCCGCCGAUAACGACAACACGGUCGCCGUGGUUCCCGCCGAUAACGACAACACGGUCGCCGUGGUUCCCGCCGAUAACGACAACACGGUCGCCGUGGUUCCCGCCGAUAACGACAACACGGUCGCCGUGGUUCCCGCCGAUAACGACAACACGGUUGCCGUGGUUCCCGCCAAGGUGGCAGAGGACAAUGUGGCUGUCGCUCAGCCAUCGUCUGACGUCAGCCCUAAGAUUGCUAUGGGUCGUGGUGGUUGCGAGGGCGAGGUCACCAAAGCUAGUGUCGCAGCUGUCGAGACCGCCGCCUGUAAUGCAGGCGGGCUCACGAAGCGAUCCGUCGCCGAAUCCAACGGCAAUGCGGCGAAGCAAUUCACCAUGGACGAGGUGUCCAAGCACAACCGCCCAGGGAACGCCUGGGUGGUCGUCCAAAACAAGGUGUACGAUGUGAGCAACUUUGCCGACCAGCAUCCAGGCGGGCGCGUGAUCUACUUGAUGGCGGGUCGCAACGCCACGGACGUGUUCGCCGUCUUCCACAAGCCGUCCACCUCGACGUUCCUCUCCACGCUGUACAUCGGCGAUCUCAAGGACAGCGAGGUCGAGCCGACGGGCGAUCUGCUCAAGGACUUCCGCGAUCUGCGGGCGUCGUUCGAGGCGAAGGGGUACUUUAAGUGCAGCCCGGCGUACUACCUGUUCAAGGUGCUGUCGACGUUCGCCAUCGUCGCCGCCAGCAUCGCCAUCAUCAUGUGGACCUCCGACCCGCGCUGGGUGCUCGUCUCCGCCGUGCUUCUCGGCCUCUUUUUUCAACAAGUCGGCUGGCUCUCGCACGACUUCCUUCACCACCAGGUCAGCGCCACGCGCACGCGAAUCUGUCGUCUCACUGAUGCUGUUGUCUCCGCUCGUUAUCGAGGCAGAGAGUCCUCCUGA